AUGUCCAACGGGAACGAGGCAGCUCGGGUUAAAGAGAACAACAGAUACGCCCAUCGCGCCAAGUAUCUUCGGAAUGGUAAAAGCUAUGUGGAAUUCAGCGGCAAAGAGGACCUUGACGUGCAAACCCUUGCGGCAUUUGACCCGGAAGUCUUCACAAUAAGCGACUCCUGCCCUGCACUCGAAACACUGCUUCAACAGGCGGUUGAGUGCGAAAGCCAGGCCCCUGACGACCCCAUCGAAGCCUUCGACGAAACAGCAAUGUCCUCAGCUCCAGACCUACCCGCCACACACAACGUCAACAAAAAAUGA